AUUCUACCAGACCAUAGUUCCUUGCUCUGGACCCUUCACACAAAGCCGGAACGCCCUUCACGCAAAGCCGGAACGCCCUUCACGCAAAGCCGGAAAGCCCUUCACGCAAAGCCGGAAAGCCCUUCACGCAAAGCCGGAAAGCCCUUCACGCAAAGCCGGAACGCCCUUCACGCAAAGCCGGAACGCCCUUCUGCGCUGUGUAUUGCCUCUCCUCUAUUGGAAAGAACCACACCUGACUGAGCACUAAGAGGUCUCAGUCUCUCAAGAGACAUUUCUUCCAUCUUAAGAUCCUUCUGUCACUGUCUAAGAGCUACAGAUGGAGGGACGUGGUGCCUCUGCAAUCAUAUAUUGAAACCAAAUCCCCAUCGUGAUGGAUUUUGGAAGUAGGGCUUUGGAAGGUGGUUAGAUCAUAAGGCUGGAGUUCUCGGAUUAGUGAGACUAGUGUCGUUAUAAAAGACAUUGCCUAUCCCAUUUCCACUAUGCCAAAACAAAACAAAACAAAAAACCCCAAAACAACAACAACAACAACAACAACAAAAAACUCAAGAGCCAAGAUCCAGGAAGUAGCCUGGCUCUGGUCAGUGGAGACCAGGCUAAGACCUGCCUGGACCCCAUUAGAUAGUAAAUUGUUCUGGGGUUUUCCAACUUCCAGAACCAUGAGGAACAAAUUUCUGUUGUUUAUAAGCCACUAGUCUAUGACAAGUGUCACAUGCUGUGACAACAGUGUUAACCAAGAUAGUAGGUGACUAGCCUGCAUGGAGUGGAAAAGUGGCUUCAGAAAAAACCAGGUUCAGCUUGGCUGGAAGGAAGCCAGAGUCCAUCUGUGAUCCAGACAUCAGGUCUUCAGAUGAGACUCUAGGACAAACUCCUUACCUUAUCCCUUAUCUCCAUACCCAGACCUUGGCAUCUUUGUUUACCUCGAAUCCGAGCAUCUUCCUGAAGCUGAAAGAGAAUGAGGAUUCGGCGGUCAGAGACUUAGAAGGUACCCCUGGACGGUAAAAACGGAACGGUAAAAUGGAAUCAUAUAGAGACUUAAAAUGCAGAGGCGAACAUCACUAAAGGACACACCAUGAGCACAACCCUGGAGAGACACUUUCAAGAUGAAGAGACGCGCCAGGCGGUUACUCUCCAGCCAGCCUCCCUUUUCAGCCGUGUCUAGUUGCUGUCAGUCUUCUGCUAAGGACUCUUGGUUUAGCUACUGAGCUUUCCAAUUCUGGAUGCAGACCAGCUGAGUAAAUUAAAUCUACAGAGGGGUCAUCCAUGCUGCCAAAGUCCAGAAAGGCUUAUCGAGGGGUGAGCGCACAUCUUUAUGCACAAAAGAUCUUAAACAGAAUUGGCAACAUCAGUCCCUGAGAUCGGAUGGUUGUACAGUCUCUUCUGAAUUUCUCCUGCAUUCAGAGAUACGCCAAAUAUCCUAGGAAAAUGGGACACAUCUGCACAGGGAGAAGAUGGAGCAAGCCAUGAGGAACCACAGUGCUGUCCAUGAGUUUGUUCUUCUCGGACUAUCCACCGACCCCUACAUUCAACCUGCACUUUUCGUCCUGUUCCUUCUGGUUUACCUCCUCACCGUGGUGGGGAACUCCCUGAUGCUGUUCGUGAUUGCGGCUGAUUCUCAUCUCCACACACCUAUGUAUUUCUUCUUGAGACAGCUGUCCUUCCUGGACCUCUGCCAUUCUUCUGUCACAGCUCCCAAAAUGCUAGAGAAUCUACUUUCUGAUGAGAAAACCAUCUUGAUUGAAAGUUGCUUGGCUCAGGCCUUCUUCGUCUUCGCCACUGGUGGCACGGAGGCCUGUCUCCUUGCAGCGAUGGCCUAUGACCGCUACAUUGCCAUCGGCUCCCCUUUGCUCUACAGCCAGCUGAUGAGUAGCCAGCUCUGCUUGGGGCUGGUAUGGCUCUCCUGGGGUCUGGCCUUUGUGGAUGCUCUCCUCAAUACCCUUCUGGCUGUCAGUUUAGAUUUCUGUGAGGACCGGACAAUUCCUCACUUCAGCUGUGAGCUGUCUUCUCUCUUCCCUCUGUCUUGCUCUGACACUGCGGCCAACUUCACACUCCUGCUCUGCUCCUCUGUUGUGCACUUCUUUGGAACCCUUGUCAUGAUUGUUUGCUCUUAUGGCCGCAUCGUCUCCGCCGUCCUGAGGGUCAGCUCCAGCACCGGGAGAAGCAAGGCCUUCUCUACCUGUUUGUCACAUCUCACUACUGUCAUCUUGUUCUACGGCUCGGGGUUCAUCAGUUAUCUCUUACCGGUUUCAGGGUCCCCCCUGGAGAUGGUCUUCUCCUUGCAGUAUAGUCUGAUCACCCCCAUGCUGAACCCCCUCAUCUACAGCCUAAAGAAUAAGGAAGUGAAGGCAGCAGUGGGAAGAAUGAUCAGAAAACAUUUUUAGCCAUUUGAAUAUCACACACCUCAUUAUGAUAAGAAAAGACAAAGAACCUCGGUGCUACGUGAUCAAAUAAUGGUCUUUGAGGGGAGUUUUUGGUUGUCCAUGAUGGAAGGUGCUACAAGCAAGCCUCUUGCUCUUUUGGAAAUAUUUGUGAAAGAAGCAGAGACCUUUUAAGAUAAUAGAUCUUAUUCAGAAAGUGAUAAAUGGAUCAGCGAACCCUCUUUUCCAGAAGAGUAUCUUACAGAAAUGUUCAUUUUUCAUGUCUGCCUAAAUAGCUGUUGUUGCUGGCAGCUCACCACUAUUCCUGUUUAAAAGAACAUAUCCAAAGUUUUCAGGAAAUCUGACUCUCUCAGAAGCAGACAACCAUCACGGGGACGGGGUGACCCUGUGGCCCAGGAGACACUGACGAUUCUGUCUUUUUCUCCUGAUGAAGCAUCCCAACCCAGACAUUCUUACCCAGAGUGAAAUCAUGACUCAAGAGAUGUUAUCCAGGACAUUCAAAUAGUAAUUAUAAACAAGAAGAAAUCCCUAGAACCAAACCUAGGAGCGAUAUGUUAAGAAGGAAUAACAAUGUCAAAUUUGAUAUAUUUCUUAACUUGUGCCAAGAAGUGUACUACAUUCCUGGGGUAACAACAGGCUCCCACUUAUGACUCCUGGGACCUCUGAACAGAUCUACUUCAGACUAUAACAGAAGAAGAGUAUCCUAGAUUGUCCAUGGGGGUCCAACACAAUCACACGAAUCUGUAAAGGUGCAAGCAUUCUACAGCCAGACACAGAAAGGGCCAGGCGGUCAGGAAGGACAGAGACAAUGGAAGCACAAGGACGAUUUAGUGUCACCCCUACCUCUCAGUGCUGGUGUUCUUGAUGAGAAGGUCACGAGGCAGGAAUUGUGGCCAGCUUCUGGAAGUGGAGAACACCAGCCAAUAGGAAGAGGAGAGGCAGAAAACCCACUUCUUAGUACUGAGCUUUGCCAGGAGCCCAGGGCAGAGCCAGAGGAGGCUGAAGAGGCAUCAGGAGCCCAGAGGAGGCUGAAGAGGCAUCAGGAGCCCAGAGGAGGCUGAAGAGGCAUCAGGAGCCCAGAAGAGGCUGAAGAGGCAUCAGGAGCCCAGCGGAG